AAAGAACUGAUUCGCUAAAAUGAACGACGGAUCUGUGGCGAGUCUGUUUAUGGCGUUUUUAAUGUGACGUGAGUUACUGCAUAUGAUGUUUGGACAUUAUGGAAAACCAACAACCCAAGCAUACAAUGUGCUGAUGAAUUUAACAUAAAGAAAAAUAAUAUUUUUUACGUUUUAUCAAUGUUCCAUAUAAUGCAGUUAUGGUGGUGUGUGAUGUGCGAAGAAGGUUAAGAUCAAUGUAAAAUGUUUGGAACGGUAUUAUAAAGAAUUGCUCUUUUAUGCAAUGAAUCCUCCUGAGGUAAUGAUGUCAGAUGAACCUGAAUCUUCAAAGCCGCAACCGAUGGCCUUUACUAUCAACUUUUCAGAUGGCAAAGACAAUGUUUCCACAAAGAUGUUCCGUGAAAAUUUGGCUAAAUACACUAGACAUGUCCGAAAUGCAUCUCUACCCAAUGUAGACGAUAGCAAGAAACUUGCAAGAAAUGGUGCCACCUCUGUCCAAGCUGUUUGCAUGUCACCUUUAGCUGCUAGGAAGGGUAUUAUGAGUAAAAGACCAGGAUAUCAUUCUGAAGGUUACUUUUCCAGUGAUCAAGAAGAUGAUUUGAGAGCCAGAAGUGAUAUAUUUGUUAGAAAGUUAAAAAAUAUUGAUAAAGGGAUCAGAACUACAAAUUUAGCACAAGAAAAGAAAAUAAUGGCUGAUCAGUGUAGCCAAAGGAAGGUGAAACUUUGUAUACAAAAUGAUCCUCAAGAAUUUGGAGAUUUCAAUGCUGAUGUCAACGGCCAAAACAGUCUGAUGGAUGAUGAUGAUUACCAUACACCACCUCAUCCUCCUGCUGGUAGUCCCCUAACACUUCCCGACACUAGAGACACAGAAGAUUGGCUGGGGACUGAACAAAGUGAUGAUGAACUGGAAAAUCCUUCUGAUCGUAUAGAUACUCAAAUCCUUGAAGAUGGAGGAGGAGAUUUGGAUGACAUACUCAAUGAUUCGUCUAAUGACACUGUUAGUGAAGCAGGCACUUACACAAUUGAACGUGAUAACCCUUGCCCAGAAGUUAUGAGAGCUAGACAAGAUUUAGAAAAUGUAAUACUCAAAAUAGGACAGAUGCAGACUUUCAGUGAAGAAGAAGCAACAUGUAUAGACGAAAGCACAUUCAAGAGGAGUUUGUAUUCUGAUGGUUCACAUUGGAUCAAUGAAUGGGCGACUCAAGUAGCAAAACAUAACCAUAAUGGUGAAUAUGAAAAACCAAGUAUGCCAGGUUUGCCACCUCUUCCUGUUGGGAAGCAACAAGGACCAACCCCUGUCUCUACCAGCAAAAUAGCUUCUCCUGUGCAUGAAAGACAUGUGCCUUCUGCAGGUCGGAAGUUCACACCUCCGUCUCAACACACAGGACCACGGAAUCUUCAUUCACCUUUAAGUCACCUCACAGUUCAUGAUCCAAGUUCUAGUAAUGAUGUUGUUAAUACAGAAAGGCAUAGUGACAGUAGCCUUGAGACAGAGUCAUUUCUUCGAGCCACCGAGUCUGUUGUAUCAGCCAUGCAGGCUCGCAUGAGUCUCUCCAUGGAUUCUGGAGGAGAAUCUGAUGUGGACACAAGUCACAGCUACAGGGGACCUGAGAAAUGCAGACCUCCCAUGCCAACAACUGCCGGUGAGCGUUACCUUGCAGCAAGACGACCAAGCAAUGCAUCAGAAAGCAGUGGCCGAUUGGAGAGUCGUGCAGCUCAAUCAGACAGUAGUAGUGAAGCAGGGGAAAACAAAGGCAAGAAGAAGGACACCACUGUAGCUUCAGCUCCUCAGAUGCGGUAUAAUAGAGCAUUCAGCUUGCGCCGGGCUCGAUUAGAUUGUGAACCAGAACCACCUGCUGUGGACAAAAAGAAAAAGCCAGUAGUGAAUGAAGUGGUACCAGCAGUUACCAAUAAACCAAAGAAGGCAUUUGAACCUCCUUCACGCGCAACCCCACAGCGAACUCUGAAAGCGAAAAGUCCGAAACCUGAGACCUUCUCUAGGACAGAUAGUGGGAGGUUUAGCAUGCGAGCCACAAAACCAGCACCUCAGAAUUCUCAUCCUACAAAGCCGGCAGUUCCGAAGAAAGAUUCUAAACGAUCCGCUGGAGGUCGCAGCAAUUCAACACUAUCAUCUAGAGAGGUUGAGUUUCAGAACUGGAAACGCCGUAAGAGCUAUGACCCAAUGAAGGCUGCAGCUGAAGGCAAGAAGAAAGAAGCUGCAAAAAAAGCAUCAAUGAGCACAAGCAUGACACAAGCAUCUAUUGUUGAUCCAGAAACCUCCCCUAGCCAUCAAAAUCCGGUCUUGAGAUCAGCUUCAUUCCAUGGCACUGGAGGAAUGACGCCUAAUUAUGUUUCAUCAGAGGAAGAGGUCACUUUGUCAGCAGAUGAAGAUUCUCCAAUAUCUGGAUGCCCUCCCUCUUUGAUUGCAUCAUCCUCUCCAUCCAAGGCAUUGGAUAGUUUAGUAAUGGCUGCAGUAUGUGGACUAUCAAACAAAUUACGAGGCCACUCAUGCAAAUUAUUAAAGAAACUCAGAUAUCUGUACGAGGAAGAUUCAGAAAGAGCAGAAAAAUUAAGUGAUGUUAUAGAUCUUCUUGAAACUACUGCACCACCUGAUUCUCCUCAGUCUAAAAGUCCUUCUAAGGAACUAUCUGGAACUCUGAAAAAUCUCAAACGCAUAGAAACAGUAUUUAAAGUUCUUGAUGAUGUUCUCUUUGAUGAGGAGGACUUCGAGCAAGAAAUGGAUAGUUACCAGUGAUUACAAAAACAUACAUUUUAGGAACUUUUUGUGUGUUAAUUCAGUGCAAUGACGUGCAAUAAAUUGUGAGCGCUGAUUUUUGGGAGCAAGAAUAAAUGGGAAUGAAGAAGGGAAAGACAUUUAAAAUCUGGUGAUGUUGAUAACAAACAUUGCUCAACAGUGGCCUAUGCUCUCAACAGGAAAUAGUUUGGAUUAUUUGCUUUAACAUUCAGCUUUAUAUCUGACUGUGAUGAACAUGCUGCCAGUCUUUGUAAUGCUUAUAAAGUACUUUACAAAAAUAAAUAAAUAUAUACAUAUAUAUAUUGCUUAGACAUACUUGAAGGUGCUAUAUGGAUUUUUUUUUAAAUUGGUCUGGAAAUUCCAAUGACCUGAUGACCUGUUGUGAAAAUAGUGGAUUCACAUAAGAAUUUUUUCCCCAGCCAAGAAACUAUAAAAUCUUUUUUUUUUUUUUAGACCUCUAAUUAAGCUGUUUUUUGAAGACACAUUUUAUUUUUGCUUCUGCUCUAAAACUUAUAAUGUUCUUGGCUCAUAGUGCAUAUCAAGAUUUGUGAAGUAGUGCUUGCUGAUAUUAAUUUUUUUGAAUUUUCUUGCUGAUCAUACAUUUUGACUGCUUGAAAAUUGUGCUUUUCAGCAAAGUUUGUAAAGAAAUGUUUUAAUAUCAACCUUCAUACAACAUUGCAUGAAGAUUUAAGUUGAUAGAUGUAAGAUAUGUUUUUUCUCUAUUUACGAUCUUUGUUAUUUGUCAGACUUUUUUUAAGUUCUCACAUUCUACUCUAAAUUUUAUUAUUAUUCUUCCACCUCUGUAAGGAAAUACUGAAUCAGUCACUAAAUUUAUAAUCAUUCAUCAUAUUGUGCAAAAUGUUAUUCUUAAUAACAAAUUAUCCAAAGAUAACAUGAAAAUUUGGUGCCAAAAUUGAGAGUUGCUUCAUGUUGAAAUCAGACUGAUUUCAGAUUUAUGAAUAGAAUAUUGGCCGUUAGGUGGGUUGUAUAUUUUAUGAAGAGAAUGAAUUUGGUAUGUUACAUAAAUUCUGUGAUUCAGAUGGCUAGACUUGGUACAGCACUACUUCUGCCAUUGUAUUAACUGUUAUCUGAAAUUUGUGCAUUAAUGAAGCACAUUCAAAAGACAGCUCUAGUGAGUUGAAAAUAUACGGGUGUAUUGCAAUGUUACCGAAUCUAUAAGUGGUAAAAUUAGAAUUUUAGUUAACUUGUGCAAUCAUUUUGUUUUGAAAUUAAACUCUUUUUUGUAUGUAGUGUAACAAGGAAUUGUCAUCAGAAAUAUUGAUACCCAACAAUAUUUAUUUUCUCCAGCCACUUCAUUGUACUUACUAUUGUACUGAUAUUCUCUAGCCCUUUCUAAUUUUUAAUUUUUUAAAAUUAUUGUAAGCUAUGUUUCUGUUCAUGAAGCAGCUUGUCAAGCCCGAGGUAAUUCAACUUUAAAUGUGAGUCAUUUGAAAGUGUUCGCUGAAUGUUUUGAAAUAGGCUUAGGUGAAGUAAUAAGACAUUUAUGCUUGUUACAAAACAUGAUAACUACCAGACUGAUUGUCAACAUUUGAACUUUAUAUUUGUAUAUAGAGUAAGAAUCACUGUAGAUAAGUAUCUUAUUUAAAAAUUCAUUAUUUUGAAAUAAACAAUUGUUCUUCCCGAGUUCUAAUUGAAAAUGUGGACUAAUAAUGAUCAAUAUUGAAGACCUUCAUGAAAUAUCAAGUCAGACAAAUUCAUUGAAAAAAAAAAUUCCAAUUGUUUGAUAGUUGAAUACUUUUUGAAUUAAAAACUAACAUGAAUGAGUAAUCCACCUGGUGUAUUCAUAUCCUAAGUUUUUAAUCUCAUCUGCUCAUUUUUGCAGAACAUUUUUUUUUGUUGUCAAAUUCCUGCCACAUUCAUGAAAAAAUACAUCGAAACUUAUGUGCAAAAGUAGGAAUUAAUUAUGUGAUUUGGUAGUCAACAUAAGUGAUUCCUAAUUUUGAAAAGUAUUUUCUGUUUUAUUUUUGCAUUAAGUUUUCCAUCACAGGUAUCUAUUUUUGCUAUUGUUGUUUUUCACACUCACUUGAUAUUUAACCCAAUAAACUGCUAUUAUUCUACUUGAUUGAAUUCCAUUAGUUAAAAGUUCUUGUAUCUUAGAAGACAAAUUGAUUGAUGCUAUAUUUUUGCCUCAAAUAUAUUAUCUGGAUUUGUUACAUAAAGAAAUUAGGGUUCAAGUAUGCAGUGUCUGGGUUUUAAAAGACAACUGCAUUAUUUGUAGCUUUGUAUUGUGCUUUUCAGUUAUAAAGCAAAAUAUAGUUCACAAGUGAAGAGCAAAGCAGGAAUCACUAACUUUGUGGAAUGUUAUUAAUUCUUUUAUUAAAAAACACAAUACUAACAUCACAAUUUUGGCAGUGUAUCUUCGAUCAAAGGUAGCAAAGAUUGAACACGGUGAAAUAAUUAUUGUCACUCAUCGAUAUGGCAAAAUUAUGCUUCUAAUGUUGUAGAGAUAUGUAUUAUGUUUUAAAGAUAGCAUAUUUUAUCCAGUAAAAAUAAGAAUGCUAGACAUUUGAAAUGCUAAGACAUUCUAUUUUGGUUAAUUCAUUAAUUUGUUUCUGUCCUGACUUGAAGAUUCCAUCAAUUAAAGCAUUCUCAAUUUUAAAAAAAACAACUUUAUUUACUCUUAAUUUUCGUGUCCAGUUUGUAUUCAUACUACCUCCACUUUUUUUAAAGCCUUGAUCAUACUGCGUAAUUGUGCAUACUACGUUGAUGACACCCCUGUCAUUGAAUGAUAAUUAAACAUCCACGAGAGGGUAGGCAAAGCAGAAAAUCAUAAACCAGGUUGUGCUUCCUGCUCUGUUUACUGUGAUGCUGCUAUAGUGUACUUCCUAUAUUACCAUGGUAAUCAAAAUGUGUGAUGUGUAUGGAGUUGCUGGAAUGCUGUAUUUGCAGGAUGUGCUUUGUGUAAUUUGUCCUUUACUUCCACCAACCAUUUUGUUAAAGACAACAGUAGAAGAAAUAUGUUUCUCUAAAUCCAUAGGGAAUAUAGAUGGAACUAUGUAGCAUAAAAUAAAAUAAUGCAUUUAUGUGAAUGUAAAUUCUUCCUAAAUAAAUGACUUAUGUUCAUCA